AGUUGCAGAGCCGCCCCCUGAAUCCCUGAUUGCGAAACGCCACCAGCACCACGCACGAACGCGUCCCUUCGAUAUCUCAUAUCGGUCUCACAAAUACACUUAACUCGCUCUCGCUCUCGCUCUCGCUUGUUAUUUUGUAACAAUGGCCUCCGUGAAGAACAGAGUGAGGAAUAAGUUGUUCAAGUGUUUUAGACCGGCCGCUAUAGACGAUGAUUCAACCAAACCUGGCGCCACGGACGGGUCGGGGAAUUUGGUCUUUACGAGCAUCUCCGGUAAAGGCAAAUCGAGGAAGAUUUCGAAUUCGCUUUCGGGAGAGAAAGGAAAGGUUUAUUCGGAGGGAGGCGAUGCCGGCGGCGGCGACCGGGGCAACAAGGAGGGGUCUCACCGGAGCUUUUCUGCAGCAGUCAAAGCCGUCUUGUUUGAUGCCUCGUUGACGAAGAAGACUCCUCGUAAUAGAAAAGCUCGACAAAUUUCAAAUUCGUCAAACAUCAACAUGUCCUCGGAGAUUAGCCAGAAGGUUUCAAAAUCAUCCCAUGAUCACGAAAAGCCUUCAAAGAGGGACUCUUCAGCGGCGGGCGAUUGGAAAACGAACUACAAUUAUUGGUCUUCUUCGCUGGACUCUUCGUUUCCUACAACUUAUUCAACUGAUCAUUCGUUGUCUUCCUCUCGUGUUUCCUCCCUCGCUUUGGACUCUACACCUUGGUUAGAACACAAGGAAUCGUUUCGAGCGGGUUCAGCAGGAUCAAAACGAAUUGAUAGAUUCAUAUCAACAGAUGAUGUUAGGGAGUAUCGUCGUGUUGAUAUUGGAUUGUGUAUGUUUCUUGUUUCUUUUUCAGUCUUGAUCUUUUGGGGGAGAGAGUAUGCGCAAUAUGCUGCACUUCGAUGCUGUUUGUUACUAUUCGAUGGCCCCGAUAAACGGAUUGAUUCAGCUCGAUGCCGCAUUGAGUUGCCGGAGAUAGGCUCGGAAGAGCACAAGAAGAAAGUCAUAAUGGAAGGGCUGCUUGAAAGAAAUCACAGUCGAUUAUUGUAACAAAUUAGAGUGAACGAUUUUUUUGUUUUGUUUUUUGGAUUGGCAAUAUAUUAGGUCAUAUUUUAGGAUUUUUUUG